UUACGGUGGUCCGAGUUGGUGUUUGCUUCAAAAACCAGCGUUCGAGAAGUAUAAGAAAAACGAAUGGAUCGCUUAAUUAAAAAAAUCGAUAAACGGAAAAAGAAAGCGGAUAAGAAGAAAAAAGAAAAAUCGACUCAGAAGAAGAAUAGUCUUGAAAAGAAGAACAAGAAGGAUAAAAAGAAGCAAAAGGAGAGAAAGAAGAAGAAAGAGGCACGAGAUUCUUCAACUUCUGAAGAAUCUGAAGAAUCGGGUGAAAGUCAGAGACAGCUCGAGAAAGUCAAGUCAAAAUUAGCAGUUGAUGCUGCAAAUAUCGAUAAGAAGUAUCGCAUGGCGGGAUCUCUGUUCCGAAAACCGGAAGAUCCUCCGAACUUUGCCCGGAAAGUGCUGGAAGCCGAAUGGCGAGAGAUGUAUGUCGAUCCAAAAGUCACAAUUGAGACGGUGAAAACAUUGAACACUUACCUCAAGACACGUGCUGAAUUGAGAUCGACGGAUCAUGUGGUCAUUGCUGAGAAACUUGACGAUAAUGAUAAGAAGGCAACAACUCGUCUCAAAAUCUUGACCAAGUUCGACGAGGGACGUUUUGGAGCAAUUUACAUGGUUCAAAAUGAGUCAGCUGUCGACAACGACGUGGUCUCGGUUGGAAAUUCAAGAUUCAUUAUGAAAACUGCUCUGAGGCAAUUGUCAAGCCAUCAAAUUGUCUAUCGUCUUUCUCGUGAGAUAACAGUCCUGAAAACACUAUGGGGUCAAGGAAAUGAUCCACCUCCACGCGUUCCACCAAUUCUACAUCAAGGAAAGAUUCUAGGAGUUCCAUUUUAUGUAACUUCCAUCUUUGACGUCAAUUUAGAAAAGUGUCGAGAACAGAUGGGAGGUGGCACUUUCUGUGUUCAAUCAGCAUUUCAUAUUGCUCAGGAGAUCUUUAUGGCUUUGAAGUUCAUGCACCGUCGCCAGCUUGUCCAUCGUGAUGUCAAGCCCACGAAUAUAGCGUUGAGCUAUCAGAAUCGGGAUCAAUGGUACUUGAUAGACUAUGGAGACGCAAUAUCAGUUGGGAAGAAGACUCCGAUCAGCCCACCAGACGGCGUCACCUUGCCAUUCUUGUCACUGGAAGCUCAUGAUCUACUCGUCACAAGCUCAUAUUCAUCAUUCCAACAGGAUUUAGAGUCGUGGUUCUAUGUAAUUGUUGAUCUGCUGAAACCUCUGCCAUGGAAAGACAACAACAGAAUUGACAAAGUGGCUCUUGCCAAACGGGAUUUUAUGUCACGGCUCCCAAACAAUCUCACAAAUCUUCCAUCGCAGAUUCUUGACAUUGGACAGAUCUUGAAAACUGAAUCUCCGUAUUCGGAAAUAUCGAAGAAACUUGUUGAAGGUUUGGCCAGUGUCAAAACCAGCUCUUCAGAAAAGUGGAAUCCAGAAUGGUACGAUCGCUCAGCUACUAGAAAUCUUCGAGAAAAGAAAAUCAAGAAUCAGCCAAGAUCUAGAGAAUCUGCAGAAGCAGAAGCAACUGCUGUUCAGACGACACCUACCGGAAGUACGGAGUUGCAAAAUGAUAGAAGAGAUAAGAGUGUCUACGUUUCGACUAUUGCUCCAGUUGUAACAAAAGUUGUGGAUAAUCGUAAGAAGGUUUCUUCAUCGAAUUCACCGACGACUGUUAGUACGAAUAAGACGGCUGUGAUAGAAGAUGAGGAAGAUGUCAAGAAGAACAGUCCAAUUCAGAAACAGCAAGACCGUUCCGUGUACUUCAACGAUUUCCCUGUUGCUGCUGUUGCCCAACCUGAGACUGGCAAAAAGAAAAAGUAUCGAUACAAGAUGAGGAAGCAGUGAACCUGAUUUUUUUCAAUGAAUGGUUCUUCACUCAA